CCGGAAGUGAUUGGUUGGCAUUGGCAACGUUUAGCCAGGCUUCACGGCGUUUACAGCUGAGCUUCUGAUAAAAGCAGGAGAAUCCGUGGAUCGAGGACUUCAACUGUACACUUUUUAUUCUUCUCAUCCACCCACCACAAAGGAGCAAAGAGCGAGUACAAACAGAAUGACCAGCUCAUCUGCUCCCAGGAUGGUGAACAGUUACAAGCGGACCUCAAGCCCUCGAUCUCCCACUAACACCGGGGAACUUUUCACCCCAGCACAUGAGGAAAAUGUGCGAUUUAUCAAUGACACUUGGCUGUGUGUGCUCAAGGAUAUCCGUUCAACGCCAAAUAGUGAACGCAACGACCGUGGCCCACAAGAAUAUGUUGAGAAGAAUCCAAACCCAAAUCUGCAUUCUUUUACACCAGUGGACCUGAGUGAUCUCAAGAAACGCAACACACAGGACUCCAAGAAAUCCUAGUCGCAUGAUAAUUGAAAAGCUUUUCCCAACCAUUUUUCUUGAAUUUGAUCUCCAUCAGCCUUUGUCAUCCUGAAAGUCAGCCCUCUUGGUCAUGCAGAAAGUCAGUAUUUUAUCUUUGGAUCACACCUGCCUGAAAAACUUGGAUUAUAAGGAUUAAUUCAACUUUUCCAUUUUUAUUUAAUUUCUAAAUCCGUGACAUGUACAUUAUUUUAAAUGGACUAUCGGAUGUUGAACAGCAAGCUUGGGUCGUAACAGGACAAGACUGCAGUUUAAAACAUUUACUUUUGCAACUCUGAUGACCUUGGAAGAAAUACAAAGGGCUGACUAUUUUAGUUGUUUUUUGAGCAUUAGUUGCAUAUUUAAUAGGCCACCUUGGAUAUUUUAAAGACCACAUUGGAUAUCAGAAAGCCAAAUCCAUCCUAAAAGGCCAACAUUUUUAUUCUAAACAUUUCCUUUCCGCUAAAAUGGACUUUUAUUUCCUAGAGUUUACUGUCCAGUACUCCACCUUUGGUUUAUGACCCCAAGUCUUGGAACGGAAUUGAAUAAACAUUUUUUACAGUAA